AUGCAUGAUAAAGCAGAUCGGUACGACGAAGCAGACCUCAGCUUCCUAGAACUGCCAACAUUCCCAGAGGAUGUGCCCACAGCGCCACUUCUUCGAAUAAGUCUAAGCAGACUCUCUAAAAGCGACCCAGAGGAGAUUAGCAAGCUAUGGAAAGCUUGUUGCGAGCUUGGCUUCUUCUACCUCGACCUCCGCAAUGUUUCGACCACAGAAGAUCGACCGACGUCUCCUGCUGUGGACGGCCUGAACGAAAGCUUAAAGAAUGAGAACGGUAGAGCCGAUUCUGCUACCGGAGAUGAUGAGCGUGAGGCCCAGGUCAAGAUCGAACCGACCAGAGAGUUUGAGGUCAACGUCCACGGCGAAAGACUGCUCCAAGACGCUGAAGAUCUGUUCAGAGUCGGCAGAAGUGUGUUCGACCUGCCUGUUGAGGAGAAGAUCAAGUACGACCUGAAGGACCAAGGAAGCUAUUUUGGCUAUAAAGGAUAUGGUCAAGGUGUCAUCGAUGCCGCAGGAACGAAGGAUCGAAAUGAAUUCUACAAUGUAUCGAAAGACGACAUCCUAGGACUCUCCGAACCCCUGCCUGCUCCCGAACUGCUUGAUCCACAUCGCGGCUUGUUAAAGUCUUUUAUACAACAAUCUCACGCACUCGUGUGCCUAUUGUUGGGUCUGCUGAACGAUCAAUUGAAUCUUCCACACGACAAGCUGCCGUCUUUGCAUAGACUGGACUCAAUUUCUGGUGAUCAGGUUCGCUGGGUCCACGCGCCACCCCAACCAAUGGACGACCGGAGAACUGCACUAGGGCAGCAUACCGACUUUGGGAGCGUUACAGUUUUGUUCAAUCGGCUGGGAGGACUUCAAGUGUUGCCGCCAAACACAGAUGAAUGGUGUUAUGUGAAGCCACUCAGAGGCCAUGCGGUCAUCAAUUUAGGCGAUGCAAUGGUGAAGCUUACCGCCGGCAUCUUGCGCUCCAACAUACAUCGUGUUGUCAACCCUCCUGGCCAACAAGCCAAUCAUACGCGAAUGAGCUUGGUGUACUUUGCCAGACCAGCGGACGACGUUGUCCUGAAAGCGCUGGAUGGAAGUACCCUCAUUGACCAGAAAAGACAACAAAAUCCAGAUGGUCUUGACGAUGAGGAGAUCACGAGCAAAGAAUGGAUACUACGCAGGGCAUUGGGUCGAAGACAAGGAGGAGAUUGGACGAAAGCUGGUGGAACAGAGCGUGGACGCGUCUAG